UUGCCUUUUAAAAUACUCUCUAACUACACUGAGAUAGAAUCUCUGUCUGUGAAACACAGCCCCUUCUGGUUUACUGUCUGUGGCCAACAGCCCAGCUCACACUAAAUGAGGUCCAUUCCCUGACAACCAGACUGUCUUCACAUACCACCUCACAGUAGUCUGUCUUCACAUACCACCUCACAGUAGUCUCAAUCUAGGAUAGUGAUGACACACAAAAGAUUGUGACUGCUUCUGGUUGCCUUAGAAAUCAACCCAAGGUAUCCUAAUGAUACAGAAAUAGCUGAAAGUCUGAAAGAGGACUAGAAACUUUAAUGUCUGGAGAACUGUACUAUGCAAAACAGAGAAUGAGAUUACAGCACUAGAGAGCAGUUUAGGAGAGCAGAUGCUAAGAGGAAGAAAGUGAAAAGCAAAGAUGUACAUGAAGCUGGUAAUUGAUAAAGCAAUGGCUGAAAUGGAAGACACCCAAGAGAAACAGCAUGAGGCUACAAGAAGCAUGAAUAUGAACAAAGGUUCAGUGAGGAGAGGGUGUCAUGGGGGACUGUUGAAAGACGAAGCAGUACAGGCCCCAUUCUUACAGCCUCCUUUGGUGACAGACUCAGAAUGGUUGGAUCUGAGUGCAGAAGAGCAAUUAGCCUGGGCCAAAAAUAUUCAAGACCCUCGGAUUGCAGUAGGUUCUUGUUCCCCACUAGAAAAGAAGAUUAAGAGUUUAGGUGGUGUCCAGUCUUCAGAAGUGAGGAAACUAUUAGUCCAGAGGUUUCAACAGGAGAAUAAAACACUUCAUAAGCUUAAGGCUAUGUCUUUUGACUUCUGGUUUGCUAAAGUAGAGGCACAUUACUACCGACAAUAUCAAGAAAUGAUAAAGGAAGAAGCAUGGAGAUACAAAAUGGUUCCAAAAUGGGAAAUUAAAGUAGAGGAACAGGAAGAGAGAGCACAUGGUGAAGAAUCAGAAGUUGCUAAAAAAUGGGACUACCUAGUGUCUGAGAGGGAAUUGAAUCAUAUAGAGAAACACAUACACCGAGCUGAACGAGCUAGAGGCCUCAGAGACCACAAAUACCGACUACUUUCACAGAGGAUUCCAAGAGAAAUACUUUUCCCCAAAAUAUUAACACUGGAGAAGGAUGAAAAAAAUGAAAAUAUCCAGAAAACACACAAAACUAAAACCAAGAAGUACAAGAUGAAGUGGGCAAAGGAACAGAUGAAGGGACAUCAAGAUCGAAUGAUUCGGGGGAGAGAACUCACAGAGCAAAGAAAUGAUCAGAAAGAUUCUUGGAAACUAUCUAGUCAUGUUCCUCCUUUUCUAAAAUCUCAAGUGGAGAAAGAGGAGGUGAAAGAAUUUGAGUGGAUUACAGCUUAUCCAAUUUUCCAGCCUUACCAGGAAGCACUAAUAAAAGUGACUAUUCUAGUGGAAAAAUCAAAACAAGAAGAUAAAAUUAAGAAACCACUCAGAAGGGAACUCUUGAGUAUGCCACCAUUCUUGAGAAGUCAACUAGAAAAAAAUAAAGUUUAA